AUAUUUAAUUUUCGUUUAAACUGCCACAAAAGAAAAUAAAUCAAAGAAUAAACACAAUGCAAGAUGUAACGGCACGAGUAUUUGCGGCAAUGCAAAAUCUUGAUAUAACAGCGUUAAGCACAUAUCCACAAAACGAAAUACGGCCUGUACUGCCGGCUUUAGUACGUAUGAGCCUGUUGUCUCCACUCGACAACACAAAGUCGUCAAUGGAAUCACGUAAACAAAUUUUAGCGGUUCUUAUUGGAAUUGAGGUGGUUAACAGUAUAGUGUCGUAUUUACAAGUGAAUUACCAUGAGCUUGAACAAGAGUUGAAAAAAGAAUUACAGACGCGCCAGAAAUCGAUGUACUACGAUGGACAACAGUCAGAGUUUGGAUUACAAACAGGUAUUGCGUUGGGGUUCGAGAGAGCAGAUGUAACACGCAAAGUACGUGUUGUGCUAUCAGAAAUAUUUAACGUUCAAUGGCAGUUGUCGGAACAGAAGUCUCCUGUUCAGUCUGAAAUAUUAGACGAUGGUAUAUAUUUGGAAGAAGUCGUUGACAUUCUUUGUAUUGCUUUAGCUGAGCUGCCAUCUUUAUUAAAUAUAUUAGAGCUUACAGACACACUUGUUCAAGUACCAAAUGGACAUCGAAUAAUAUGCGCUUUAGUAGCUAAUUUUCCAGAUUGUUAUCGGGAUGUCGUUACUCAUGUUAUUAUCAACUGUGAUGAAGAAUCAAAUGAAGGAAAACAGAAGCUUGUUCUUUUAAUGGCCUUAAGCGAAAUUAAUCCAUCACAGGCAUUAUCAACUAGAGCAAUUUGCGUGGAAAUAUUGAAAGUACCUUCGUUUAUGCUCAAACUGUGUCUUAAAUAUCCACAGGAUUUGAUAUCUUUUUUAACAGGUAUGUUGUUGGGAAAUGAUCAGAAUGUACGUACAUGGUUUGCGGAAUAUGUUCAUUCUAGUCAAAAACGAAAAGGAGAUGCAUUAAUUUUGGUAAGAGCCGAACUGUUACAACAAUUGCUGAACAUCGUCCAUAAUGCCACCAAUCAAAACAAUGACAUCGAAGACUACACAGUCCAAGGUGCUGUUUUGAUGCGAUUAUACUGUGCAUUGCGAGGUAUUGCCGGCUUAAAGUUUAAUGAUGACGAAAUCAGUGCGUUGGCUCAGUUGGUUUCGAGUAGGCCGCAUCCCACUCAAUCUGGCAUGCGGUUUGUUUCUCUAGCAUUGUGCAUGUUGAUCGCGUGUCCGUCAUUGGUUUCUACUGCCUUGCUCGAAAAUAAGGCUGUUGAAUGGCUACAGUGGCUCAUAAAAGAGGAUGUGUUCUUUGGUAGGAGAUCUGAUGCCAGCACUUCUCUGGGUGAAAUGCUUUUACUGUUAGCAAUCCAUUUUCAUGGCAAUCAAAUAUCAGCCAUAGGAGAGCUAGUGUGCUCGACCUUGGCCAUGAAAAUACCCAUAAGACCGAACAGUACCAAUCGUAUUAAGCAGGUUUUCACACAGGACCUUUUCACAGAGCAAGUAGUAGCAUCGCAUGCGGUACGUGUGCCGGUCACACCGAAAUUAAAUGCCAAUAUACCGGGAUAUUUACCAGUACAUUGCAUACAUCAGCUGCUAAAGUCAAGAGCAUUUCUCAAACAUAAGGUGCCUAUUAAGUCGUGGAUUUACAAACAGAUAUGCAACUCGGUUCGCCCUCUGCACCCUGUGAUGCCGGCCCUAAUCGAAGUGUAUGUGAACACACUGGUUGUACCAAAUCCACAAGGCAAAGUAAAUGUCGAUCAUAUGCACAAGUCGUUUUCCGAAAUGGAGAUUCUUCAUAUCUUCCGUUCCAAUUUCAAUGGUACUAAUGUAUUGGGAGACAUCACAUCAGCUCCUAAUUUGCAUGCAUUCACACAAUAUGGCGCUUUGAGUGGAAAUUUGGCGUCAGCAGAUAGUGAUGAAUUGUCCAAAUACCAAGUACAAUGUCCAUUAACUGCCCAGCUUUUGAUACUUUAUUACCUCGUCUUGUAUGAAGACACUCGAAUUUCAAAUUUAUCGAAUGCCGCAAUGAGUGGAAAGAAAAUCAAAGAAUAUACCAACAAUUUUCUUUCAGAACUACCAAUGAAAUAUUUGCUGCAAAAAGCACAACAUUAUCAUAAUGAGUAUGUGGGCAUUUUCCAUCCGUUAUUGCGUCUCAUUGUAUCCAAUUAUCCUCACUUGAGUAUGGUAGAUGACUGGCUCGAAGAACACUGUACUUCAGGGAUUUGUCGCAAUAUUAAUGCACCUAAAAAAUCGGUUGAACAAAUUCAAGAAAGCCUUAAGAGAAUAGAUUUUGAUAAACUGGAUUCUAAGCCCGGGAAAGCAAUACCAGUUUUGAAGGCAUUGCUUAAGAUGCCCCCUGAAGAUAUAGCCCGCAACGCUGAUUUAAUCGUAGAAAAUCUACCAAAAGUAUUCCAACGACAAGUUCCACGGUCAAUAAAAAAUUUGUAUUUGGAUGUUUGGCUCCGUUUAAAUGGUGUAUUGCCGAUAAGUUUCUGGCGAAAAUCUCUAACUUCGAUUAUGGCAUCGGAAGAUUACAUAAAUCGAUGCUCUUUCGUUGUAGAAAAUAUGUUGGAUCCACUGCAAGUUUUGCGUUGCAGCCGAGAAAUAUUCCAUUGUCCCCAUACUCUUAUAAUAUUGCUGAGAAUUCUUCAGGGAAGUUUAGCAGCGUCGAAGGCCCAUCUCAGCAUACAAAUGCAAUCAAAGCAGCUUAUAGAUAAAAACGGACAAGUCCAGUGUGACACGGACAGAGAAGAACUUAAGACCGCCUUAAUAGCUUCGCAAGAGAGCGCUGCAGUUCAUAUAUUGCUCGAAGUCUUAGCUGACAUGUAUGCCAAUGGAGAUACGCGAGUUUCUUCCUUCGAGUUGCGCGAAGCUCAGGGUAUUAUUUGUUCAUUUAUUCAUCAAGCUUUCAUCUCGGAGCCAUCGUUGGCUAAACUUGUGCACUUUCAAACCUACCCUCGCGAAGUGAUACCCAUGAUGGUUAAGGGAGUUCCCUCUAUGCACAUUUGUAUUGAUUUCCUGCAUGAAUUCCUUAGCAUGCCGGAAAUGGAUAAACAGAUCUUUACAAUCGACUUGACGUCCCACCUGGUCCUAAAAUAUGCCAUUCCGAAAAGUUUAAGCGUCUCCAAAUUUUGCGUCAACACUAUUCAAUCAGCACUAUCCCUACUCUCCACCGAGGCCAAAUGUAAAUAUCUACGUAAUAUUUUACCAUCUCUAAUACGUUUUGCCGAAGCUUUUCCUAUUCUAACGGACGAUUGCAUCAAUAUUUUAAUGUUAACGGGUCGCAGUCUAUAUUCACAAUCCACGCUUGGCAUCAAUUCGACUCACAUGCAGUUGACAGCCAAUUCGAGACACAAAUGUUUCAAAGAAGCUCCGCGAUACAUUGCGAUGAUCGAGGAGGCAUUUGAAAUACUAAUUACAAAAAUAAUAAAUAAGAUUGAAUUGUAUUAGUCAAAUUGGUAUAAAUAUUAAUGUAUGUAUGU